GCUAUCGCAGCCGCUCCCAGCACCAGUUGCUGGCCAGCCUGCCCCUGGCCGCCUCGCCUGCUCCUGGCUGCCUUGCAUGCCCGGGUCCUCAAGCUCCUUGUGCGUCUGACCAAACAGGGACCAUGUCUACCUUCGGCUACAGGAGAGGACUUAGCAAAUAUGAAUCCAUCGACGAGGACGAGCUCCUGGCUUCCCUGACGGCCGAGGAGCUGAAGGAGCUGGAGAGGGAGUUGGAGGACAUUGAACCUGAUCGCAACCUGCCAGUGGGGCUCCGACAGAAGAGUCUGACGGAGAAGACCCCCACGGGGAAUUUCAGCAGGGAGGCGCUGAUGGCCUAUUGGGAAAAGGAGUCCCAGAAGCUGCUGGAGAAGGAGCGGCUGGGGGAGUGUGGGAAGGUAGGCUUUCCGGACCUUUCCUUGGCUGCUCCCCGGCCCCCUCCACCCCCUCCCCAACCCUAGGAACCUGCUUUCUCUGCCUCUGCAGUCCUCCUCACUUUUCUGUCCUUAUAACCUGCUACUGAACACUGUCUCGGCCUGAAAUAGUCCUGUAAGUUCUAUGGCCACCCGAAGGAUCGUAAUCUGUAAAAUGAUUGCCUGGGGUUCUAAUAAUUGGCUAAAGAUGGAAUCUUCAAGAAGAAAAUAGUUCACAAGUAAGGCAUAGGUUUAGAUAGUUUGCCAAACGUAAGUCUAAUUUGAGUU